AUGACACAAGCCCACUGGCUCGAUCAAUACGCCUCAAGCUAUCAUGAAUGGCACGAGGCACAGGACAAAGGAAGACAUUGCUUUUACCGACCCCUAGGAACUGUGGAGACAGCAUUUGACUCUGAUGGUAUCUAUUACCAGGGUCGUGCAGAUGUUAACGCCUUUCUCGAACUCGAGGUCAAACACCAUCUGUCAAAGGACCAACUCCAGAGGAGAAUCACACUAGCAUGGGCAGUCCUCAGGCUAUACCACGUUCUUUUGCUAGCGCGCGCCGUGGACAAAAAGCCAUACAUGACUGCUGGGAACGUUGCCCAGCGGCGCUUCUUCCUGAUAUGUCCCCCUGUGGGACCUGAGGAUGCAAUCUCGGAUGCGACCAAGUCGUUGGCUUUCAUUGAGCAGCCGCUGGAUGAUCGUGAGCUUCCUUCUCAAUUCUAUCGUCAUGCCCAGAAUACAGGUCGCGUGGUAAACGCUGAUGAGUAUCUCGCCAAACUAUUCAUCUUUCCAGUCGACGCCACCGUGGGGACCAAGACCAGCUUGAAGUUCCUGUUUGUCAAGGGCCACCAGAUUACAGACGGCCUGACCAAUUUCACAUGGUUGAGUCAUUUCGUCAAGCUCCUGAAUUCACCAGUGAUAACUCUGGAAGAAGCUGUCAGUAGUCUCUCACAACGAACUUCGAUCCAGACUCGACUGCCACUGCCGCAAGAGGACUUGUAUCCUCGAAUCACCGGCCCAAGGGCGAGAAAACGCUGGUUCUGGCUCUUGACGGUUGUACUGCGACAUGUGAAGAAACCUUUGCCGUCGGCAUUUGCAAAUCCGUUGCGCCGAACCCGGCCUCUCAAGGAAGCAACUGCAAUGCCUCCGAUUCAUGCCAGAUACUUGAACUACGAUGUCAAGCCCCCGUUGAAUACCUUCACAUGUAUGGCCAAAGUUCCACAGUCUGCCACCAAAAGGCUUCACAAACUGUGUCGCGAAGCGGGUACGAGCAUUGGUGCAGGUGCUUUCGUUCUUGUAGCCAUGGUCAUGAUGUCUCUACACGAAGAUCUUUACCCUGACGAAGCUCAAGAAUCGCGUCGCCCGUUCAUCGGUAGCUUCCCCAUCAAUCCCCGACCAUUCUUUAAGCAUCACGAAGCGCCUAACUCAAUGAUGCUCGCAUUCUCGGACGGUGUAUUGCUUCCAUUCCUACCUUCAUCACUCGAUCUUGAGUCUCGCUUCAAGCUGCUUGUCAAACAAGCACAUCGACAGCUCUCUUUGUAUCAAAAACGUGCAAAAGUUGAAGAGACUGAUGCACCUGCCUACAUGGGUAGUAGAGGGGCAGGCCGUGUAGUCGCAAUGAAUUAUGUUGGUGCUAUGGAAAGACUCCGAGCAAAGCUUCCUGAAGAGUUUCGGAGCAGCUUGGGAAACCACAGCCCUCAGGGAGAUCUCACUGCAGCGCAGAAUGGUAGCAUGGCCACAUGUGGAGUAAGUUCGGUAGGACGGUCUGCAUGGCGAAAGGGAGAAUAUGAUGUCGAUCGAGAGCUCGAUGAAGGUGAAGAUGCUUUCGUGGCAGAUUAUCGAUUCAGCAAACAAAACGUUCGUGCCCGAGAUGGCGAGUUUCUCGUCGGAGUAUGGGGCGACGAUGAUGGUAUCGCUGCAAACGUUUCCUAUGACGGCAAUGCUAUUGACGAAGAUCUGGUGAGAGAAUGGCAACGCAGAAUGGAAUCUCUCCUGGCAGAAACGGAGUCGAAAGCCAGACUUUGA